UUGCAAACAAAACUUUUAACUUAUGUCUAUCGGAAUUGAUUCUUUACCAAUUGAAAAUUGGGAUACCGAUGCCCUUAUCGCUUUUUUACGAAGACAGGACCUAAAAUUCCAUGACGAUGACUUCGAAAUUCUUCGCAGAGAAAAGAUUACUGGGUUUGAUUUCACUAACAUGACUAAAGAAGAAUUUGAACGUUGUGGAUUAAAAAUUGGACCAUCAAGAAGAUUAGUGGAAAUAGCUGAGGCAUUUAAAAGCCGAUCGAAGUGUUCGUUCUCAUACCAUAGUUUGAAAGAAGUCUUAAAAGAAUAUGACAGUAACAAAAUUUUACUCGGAACUUAUCCAUUCAAGGAUGACGAUGAUGAUGAGGAAUUGCAACAAAGUGAAAAGAAAUUAAAAAUAUUCAAAAGCGAACAAAGAAGCAAAAACAAUAAUACUUCUGCAACGUUUUCAUUAUCCAUGAAAUCCUUGGGUACGCAAACAACGAACAUUCCUGCAGACCCAAAGAGUCUAACCUACCUAAUUCAAGGCCUAAUAUCUAGAAGCAUUGCAUAUUUUCCCAUUGAUGAAAGACUAGCCUUCAUUAGUGGUACGACAGAAGGUAUAUGCAAAAUUAGUAGUGUGGAUCCUCGACUGUCAAGUGUGUCGCUGUAUUGUGAGUACAAGCUCGGAAAAACCUAUAUUUAUCAGCCACAGAACUUUAUAGGAUAUCCUAUUACUCUCAAGAGUCCGUUUUCAUCACUUGAAAAGAUUAUUACAGCACUCGAUCGGAGCAAGACAAAGUUGGUUGAUAAUAUAAAUUAUGUUAUUGAGUUCGUUGAAUUACCUGACUGUGCAGAGGUCGUCAAAUCUAGCCAUAACACUUCUGCUUCUACUACGUUGACGAAAACGGUCAUGACGCAAACGAAAUCCUACGAUGAGGAUACCAAAGCACUAACGUAUAUCGCGAAAGGUAUAAUGUUUAAGAGCAUAAGUUGGUUCACCUGGAAUGAACAAGAAGCAUUCCGCAUUGGGAAAAAGAAGGGCAUUCUGCGACUAGUCAGCGCUGACCCCAGGCUAACGGGCGUGACAUUAACAUGCAAUUACCAGCUUUCAAAUGCUUUAUUCAAUUUUCAGGGUGAUAUUGGAUAUCCAAUGAUCGUAGAUUGUUCAUAUGGAAGUAUUAAGUCUGUGCUCACACGGGAUAAGAAGAAGAUUAUGGAUAACCAUAAUUAUAAAUUGACAUUUCUUUCGUAAAGGCUCUUUGAUUAAUUUGAUAUCGACUGUUUACAGCAAAGUAUGGCAAGUCGAACGUUUAAGAAAGAAAAAAAUAAUAUUUCAACAUGAUUUGAAGUUAUUAGAUUGUAAUAGUAUAUUGUAUUUUAAUGCGUUAAAUUUGCUUUAUAGCAUUCUAUUUUUACUUUUAUUUUUACUUGAAUAUAUAUUAUUACUAUUAAAUAUAUAUAUGUAUUUUAACUUCGGGUUGUUUAAUAAAUUAUUAUAGUUUUUUUUGUUGUAGAUUAUAUCUAGAGCACGCAUAAUUAUAAUUCCGUCUUCUCUUCUUUUCUUGUAACAGGGAUGGUAUAAUAUUUAUCUGGUGGAUAUUAAAGAAAGGAAACACAAAAUUUAAGAUAAAAAGAACAAAUAUUACACAAAUCAUCCAAGUUUUACAUCAUACCCAUUGCAUUUAAUAAUUUUGUCACUCUUUCCACUCUUUU